CUGAUAUGUGUUUGACCUACAUAACACUCAAAAACGCAGAAACAGCGCGACAAGUCCUGAGAGUGACAACGUGUCAGUGUGUAAUACAAGUCCAAGCCUUGCAUGCCUUUGCCUUUGGCAUGUGGGCAUUUCAGUUAUGGACUAGAUUUCAGUACCUGAUUGAAGUACGUUCACAGCCAAGAGAUGGCGUUGACACAAUGAAAGCGGGGAAGAGUCGUUAAUGGGAAGCCCAGGGGCCCCCAUCGUAGCUGGCGUCGCUGAAUCAGGCGUGAUCUUGGACUACUGGCCAGCGGCUUCAGUAACCAGGGCGCACAACGGUGAUGUCAAAUGCGCCUGUGCGGGACCGUCUGGCUCUGUGUCCUUGCAGCAGCGCACAGCAUUUAUGCUGCUGAUAACAUCUCAGCGAACGCAAAUGCUGGUGCUUCGCCUUUCACUGCGGACAUCGUGGUUGACCCAACCUGCCUUUGGAAGGCGGAACGCUCUAUCGCAUCCGGAUGCGGUCUGGGCGACGAGGGCCGCCUGAGGGCCGAAACGGCGGCCCUGGUGCACGCCUGCGUCCAGUUUGCAGACGACCCAGUCCUGAGGCGGCUGCGUGUGAUUGCGGGCGUGGCGCGGCUGUACCCGGAGCUGCAACGCCUGUCCACUGAGUUCAGCGCUGCCACGGGGAUCCCAACCUACUUCAACUUCUCCAACGCCAUCGGCGGAAGCGGCCACAGGCACCAUGGCUCGACCUCAGCAGGGAUGCUGCAGUGCAUGCCAGUAAGAGCCUCUAGGCUGCUGCCAUCCACCAUGGAAAUUCCCUCAUAGUGCCCGUUGUUAGUGAAAGAGGACCCACGCUGAUAUGCGACAGAGGUGAUGUACCGCGCUGUUGUGGGCACGAUCUGCGCAAUGCAGACAUAGCCUCCACGAGCAGGCUGCCACACGAGAAUGACAGCCUCUAGCAGCUCCGCCAGGACCCCGAGCUCGUUGUCUGUGAUGUAGGUGGAGUCGAGAGCCAUCCAGUCCCGGUAAAGAGCAGAUGACGCAAGCUGGGGAGGCGUGGACCCAAAUGCCUUGUGCCCAAGCUCAAAAGCCUGAGCUGCCCCAGCCCUGUGCCAGAAAUCCCAGACUGGUGGAAGCGAGGCUGCAUUUGCCAGGGAGGAGCGCAGCAGGUGUCGAGCAGAGAUGCGUGAGGGAGCAUCCCAGCGUUUGCCAAGGCGGAACCCAAGCGCAUCCAGGCCGCAUGAACCAUUGGUGAUAGUGGAUGUGAUCUUCACAGAUGAAGCCUUGAUGAAAGCCAUCUGCAAGGCAGAUGGUCUUGUCAUGCAAAGGAAUCUAUGUAUUUGUUUUGCAGCUGAACCUCGCACGCAAAUGCGUAUCAAACUUCAAAUACCUGGUUGAUAAGUUACCUGAAUGUGCCAAGAUAAAUAUCUGAACAUGGUAGAAUACCAGGCAAAUAGCACUGCCCCAAACUUACUGCUAGUUUGUGAUGUCUGGCGCACUUGUAAGGCGCGCUUGAU